ACAAAAACAGUCAGAAUCCAGCCCCAAAAUGAAGAGUUAUCCGUUAACUCCGCCUUGUACGUGUGGAUCCAAAAUGGCCGCCGCGCAGCUCAGUUGCCGCGUCCGCUCUGUUUGGCUGGCUCAGCCCCGGGGGGGGCGGGGCCACUGCGGGGCUCGGAGUCACAUGACCCGCGCAGAGCCAGGCUGACCAAUUCCAAUAUGGUGGCCAGCUUGGCAGGUCUACGGUUCCUGUUGAUGAUAUUGUUGUUCUGCGGGAUCAGGUACGGCGCCUGCAACCAGGGAGCUCCGCCGGUCCUGGGGCUGCGACUGGAAGAUCCGGCGGGGCUGGUGUGCAUGAAGGAUCGGAUCCUCUCGGCGCCAGAGGGAGCCACGUUCAAGCUCCGGCUCUUCGGGACCGAGCUGAAUGGAAGCUGGCCGUGGGUGGCGUUCGCAGGGGCAGCUGGCGGAGCCGCCGGGGCGGUCGGGGAUGCGCCUGACCCGUGCGGGACCGAGUCCAACCGCCGCGAGUCCGCCUUCCAGGUGACGGGAGGCUUCGCGCCGGAUGAGGCGUUCAGCGGGCUGAUAACGGUCACAGUCCGGCGGAGGAGCAUCUCAGCGGGGGCAGCUGGCCGCGAGCAGACCCACCACCACCUGUGCGUGCUGAGCGGGGGGAAAUGGGCAUCCGCGGGCCCGGACAGGCUGCGGAUCAACACCGACAAGGGUCUGCCCGCGGACUACAUCCCUCCGUGGGGUCUGGCCCUGCUCAUAGUGCUGCUGCUGCUGGUCUGCGGGCUGCUGAGGACCGUGAACCUGAGCCUGCUGUGGCUGGACCCCGUGGAGCUCUACGUCCUCCACAGCUGCGGGUCCGAGGAGGAGAAGCGGGCGGCCAAGCGCCUCGAGCCGAUCAGGAGGAGAGGAAACUUCCUGACAUGUUCCCUGCUGUUCCUGUCCGCUGUGGGACACUCUGUCCUCGGCGUCCUCCUGUACCGCGCGCUGGGCUCCAUCCUCUCUGCCGUCUUCACCAGCGGCUUCCUGAUCUUCUUCCUGGCUGAGCUGGCUCCUCACAUCCUCUGCUCCGGUUACGGGUUCCAGUUGGCGCCGGGGCUCACCUGGCUGGCCCAGGUCUGUCUGGUGCUCACCUGUCCCCUGUCCUGUCCUCUGGGACUGAUCCUGGACCUGGCGCUGAGGAGGGACAUCAGCACCUGUGGGAUAAGAGAGAGGGCCAUGGAGAUGAUCCGCACCAGUGUCAACGACCCGUACAGUGAGUUUGUGAAGGCAGAGUUCAGGUCUGGUGGGAUGCUGCGCAGUAAGACAGUGGAGGACAUCCUGACCCCCCUGAAGGACUGCUUCAUGCUGCCCAGCUCGGCCGUCCUCGACUUCUCCACCAUGUCUGAGAUCAUGCAGAGUGGAUACACCCGGGUGCCCAUCUACGAGGAGGAAAGGUCCAACAUCGUGGAGAUCCUGUACGUGAAGGACUUGGCUCUGGUCGACCCGGACGACUCCACCCCGAUGACCACCAUCACCAAGUUCUACAACCACCCGCUGCACUACGUCUUCAACGACACCAAGCUGGACGCCAUGCUGGAGGAGUUCAAGAAAGGAAACUCUCACAUGGCCAUCGUCCAGAAGGUGAACAACGAGGGGGAGGGGGAUCCGUUCUACGAGGUUCUGGGAUUGGUCACCUUAGAGGACGUCAUCGAGGAGAUCAUCAAGUCAGAGAUCCUGGAUGAGUCUGACGGUUACUUGGACAGGAAGGUGAAGCGUCCUCUCACUCCUCUGGAGAUUCCUCUGGAGCCUCGCAGCGUCCACGAGGAGUUUUCUCUCUUCAAGCCUCCUGAAGGAGAACCCAAGAUCCGGACCUCACCACAACUCCUGCUGGCCACACACCGCUUCCUGUCCAGAGAGGUGUCACACUUCAGCCCCGGACGGGUGUCUGAGAAGGUCCUGUUCCACCUCCUCCGUCACCCCAGCGUCAACCAGGAAGUGCACUUUGACACCAACAACCGGCUGAGCCCAGAUCACUACCUGUACACACGCAACCACCCGGUCGACUAUUUCAUCCUGCUGCUGCAGGGUCGUGUGGAGGUGGAGAUUGGUAAAGAAGGGCUGAAGUUUGAGAACGGAGCGUUCACGUACUACGGCGUGUCUGCGCUAACGCUGCCAUCUUCAGUGCACCAGUCUCCAGUGUCGACCCAGCGUCACUCUCCCAGGGAUCCCUUUGACUCAGCUGACGCUACAAGCCCGUCCAGUUAUUGUCCUGACUACACCGUCCGAGCGCUCACCGACCUGCAGCUCAUAAGGGUGACACGUCUGCAGUACCUGAACGCUCUCAUGGCGUCUCGGGUGGGUCAGAGUCCUGAUCCUCCUGAGAUUAAGAUCCUGCCAAACAGUCAGACCAAGCUGCUCAACGACAGAAACACCACACAGCAAGAGUUCCCUGUCAACUUUUCAUUCUUUGAUACCAUUGAGAACUACUGUUAGAUUUUGUGCAUGAGGUUGCAGCUCCACAGAAGAGGAGGCUCAUGGGUAAUGCGGUUCUGACCUGCGCCGACCACGUAGAGGUUUUUAGUUAGUUUUAUUGAUGAAUCAUCUAUCUAUGGCUGGAACGUAGUUUUUGGACAAGACUGGAGUGACAGUGAUUUAAUUAGUUGUGUGGAUCCAUUGCUCAUGUGUCUCAUCUCCAUCCCCAUUCCUUUCCUUUCAUUGCAAUUAUUAUUUCAUGCUGUUUUAUACACUUUGGACUAUACGUGUAAAUAUACAUGAAUAUGUUUUAUUUUAAUUUGGCGGUGCCUUUCUUCCGGGGUCAUACUAAACUCAUUGCAUUGCCACGAUUCCUCACUUUUGCCUGUCUGAGUGCCAAAGCUAUGUGUGUGUGUGUGUGUGUGUGUGUGUGUGUGUUGUCUGUGUCUGUGUGUACUGAAGCAUCCGUCCGUUUGAGACACUAAAAAAAAAAGUUGCUUAAAAGCAGAUUUGCACAUUAAAUGUGUGCGCUGUUGAUCGUAUUAAGCUAUUUUACAAGCUGGAAAAAGGUACGUCCACAUUUUUUAUCUCCUCCCAUUACAUUCCUGUCAGACAUACAGAUAAUAUGUGUUUAAAGUACUUUAAACACUCAUUUAGACAUCGAGCAGUAAAGUCAGGACGUCCAAAGUGUCGCAGGAUGUAACCAAAGUAAAACAGGAUUCAUUUCUGAUCGUUUUUUAUUGAUGCUGUAGUUUAACUAAAGGUUACAGACCUCAAAAUGAGCCUCAGAGUGGUUGGAAGUGGAGCUGAAAGUGAAAAUGAA